AAUCGGCUCCACGUGUACGGCCGUCGUUUCAUCAGAAAGCACCUCCAGGGGCAUUCCCGUCAUUUGGUCUUCGUCUUUCCAGAGAGCAAAGGACAUUUUCAUGGACCUUGGCCCCAAAAAGGUGGAUUAUACUACAGGAAAGCAAAUUAAACCAAACCCUUUCCGGUUCUUUCCUCUGCUUUUUUCCACUCAACUUUUUCACUCUCAGAUACCGUAGACACAAAUCCAUAGCAUUUUUUGUUUUUGUUUCAUUACUUGCAAACGCAAAACCCAGACAAACAGAGACGACGGCGACGACGACGACGACGCAUUCUUAUUCCGCCAUGUCCUAUACUUGAGUAAGACCCACAGACACUAAAAACAGCUAUUCCCUCCGUUUCCGCUCGACCCACUUGAGUUUUUCCACCGCGCAUGGCGGAAACCGGCGUCUAUGGCCGUUUUCUGGCGGGGGGCUUAGACCCAACGGCCCAAGAGUUCCGGCCAAGGUAUUCGACUACUCUGUUUAUGCCACAACCCCAUCGGGUAUUCUUUCCGUACCCACCAAUUGGCGACGUCCCUCUCCUGCCGUACUGCGAUGGCGGUGUAGCUUACGCGCCCUUUCCGGCGGCGGAAUCGGCGUACGUUCCGGUACGGUUGCCGGUUUCGUCGGUUGCCACUCGGUCGUUGGUGGUGAGUUCGGUUCCUUGCGACGUAAGCGAGACGAUGGUGAGAAGGGAAUUGGAAGCGUUUGGGGAGGUUCGAGGAGUGCAAAUGGAGAGAGUUAAAGAAGGGAUUGUCAUUGUUCAUUUCUAUGAUAUUCGCCACGCUGAGAGAGCUUUACGAGAGAUUCGAGAUCAGCACAUGCACCAUCAAUGCCGUCUUCGUAACUACUUCAACAACAACAACAAUAACGGUUUCUUGUUUUCAAAUUCCCCUCUCCCUCGCCCUUCUCCGGCGCCUGGUCUCAUAGCCGGCCAUGCUGUCUGGGCUCAGUUCAUCGUUCCGGCUGGCAAGAAUCAGGGCACCAUCGUUGUCUUCAAUCUUGACUCCACCGUUUCCACUUCUUGUCUCAGAGAAAUCUUCGAGGCUUUUGGUCCUGUGAAGGAGUUGAGAGAGACGCCAUUAAAGAAGCAACAAAGGUUCGUUGAAUUUUUCGACAUCAGGGACGCCGGAAAGGCUCUUAAGGAGAUGAACGGAAAGGAAAUCAAUGGAAAAUCGGUUGUGAUUGAGUUCAGUCGGCCGGGAGGCCAUGGCAACAAAUUCUUCAACGCCAACUUGACUGCUCCGGCUAUCUGCAGUUCGAAUAAUCUUUACUCUAGGAGUCUGAAAUGCCCACCGCCACGGCCAACACCGCCGCCGAGAAAUUUCUCUGGUGGGGCAGCUUCAAAUGUUCCACCGCGUUGGUAUUAUUCGAAACCCCAUAAUUCCUCUAGGAAAUUGAAUCCGAGCAAGGGGGGUCGAAGCCCGAGAAACCCCAGAAAGAGCUUGGAGUACGACGAUGUGAAUGGAAAAAUGGCAUCUCUCGAUUUGGAAGACGGUGGUGUGUGCAAUGAAAUUGAAGAGAGAGAAUCAUGUGGGGUUUUGAGAAAGAAUUCAAAGGUCAGCCACAGUAGUCCCGCUGUUGCUGCUGACCAACAACUGCAGCCCAGUAGGAAUAAGCUAAGGAAAUGUAGACAGUCCAGGAAGUUUGAUUCUCGAUUCCUGAUAAACGAUAACCAUUCCGAUUGCAGAGAUUCAAGAACCACUGUGAUGAUCAAGAACAUCCCCAACAAGUACAGUCAGAAAUUGUUGUUGAACAUGUUGGACAAUCAUUGCAUUCACUGCAACGAGCAGAUGGGCGAUGACCAUAACCAGCCACUUUCCUCCUACGAUUUCGUAUAUCUCCCCAUUGAUUUCAACAACAAUUGCAAUGUUGGAUAUGGGUUUGUAAACAUGACCUCACCAGAGGCCACAUGGAGGUUGUACAAGGCGUUUCAUCUUCAACCUUGGGAGGUUUUUAACUCCAGAAAAAUCUGUGAAGUCACCUAUGCUAGAGUACAGGGACUGGAAUCACUGAAGGAGCACUUUAAGAACUCAAAGUUCCCAUGUGAGAUGGACCACUACCUGCCAGUGGUGUUUUCACCGCCUCGGAACGGGAGGCAACUGACGGAGCCACUGCCGAUUGGUGGCCAGAGACAGCCCAUCUCCAUUGGCCUUGCAUCUGCUCCAUCUUCUGGCAGUGCUGAGAUGGAGGAUGAAGAUGAUGUUGCACUCGCAACAACACUGGUUGACCAACAGGAGGAAGGCAUGAAUGGAAGCAGCAGCAGCAGCAGCAGUGGCAGUGGCAGCAUUGGUUGCAGUAGCCAAAGUGGCGGUGGUGUUGAUGAAGAAGAAUACGACGGUGAUGAGUAUCAAGUUUCCUAAAAAUGGCUGCAAAAUGUGGAUAGAAAUACAAAGACAUGGUAGGCUAAUUCUUAGUCUCUUACUGACUUGCCUGCUGUGCACCAAUGGCUUCCACUUAGCAGCAGCCAGCUUGGUUAAAGGUCAAAGCUUUUUAAUUUGGGUAUUUUUCCCCAGGUUAGAAACCAGCUCUUUCCUUUUCCCCUCUCUUUUUCUCACAUAUGGGGUGUAUUAAAUUUCUUCCUCCAUGCUCAGAUGCUGUAACAUUAUCAUUGUAGCAAAAGUCCCAAAAGAAGUAUCCCCUUUCUUUCUUAUGGUUUAUUUUUGGGUA